UGUACCUUUUCACUCUACGAGUGUCCCAUUCAGAGCACUUGCAGAUUUGUUUUAUUGCGUUCUUGCUUGCCUACCGUCUCUUUUGUGUUUCGGCCGCAAUUCCACGUUGGGGUAGAGAGCUUAGUUGAUCCGCUGCUCCAGGAGGCACUAACGCCAGUGCUUAUCAUAUAAAAAACAUGGGGCUGGAGUCUGUGGGAAUACGGCUAGCUCUGCUAGCGUGCCGCCCAAUCAGAGAGGAGACUGUAGCAUGCAGCGUGCAGCGUGAGCUCAGUGACUGGGAGAGGAGGGAGUGCAGGGAGUAGGAGGACUGAGUGCUCAGGACUGAGGAGUUUUAAGGAGCGAGGGGGAGAUAAAAUGUUUGGUUUUUCCUCCGUGUGAUAGUCAUCCCAGUCUUAUUAGGGCUCUGUUUCUCCUCCCCUCUUUCCUGUCUGCCUGACUGACUGACUGCUGCUGCUGCUGUUUCCACUGGUGCUGCUGCCUGAGGGAAAGACGUACUGCACUACAGGAAGGGCCUGAGCAGCUCUGUGUGCCUUUGGGCUUGCUGUCUCUCCCUCCCUCUCUCUCUCUCUCUCUGGCUGUCUCUCCCUCUCUCGCUCUCGCUGUGUCUCUCUAACGCGUUACCAGAUGAAAAUGUCAGUGGAAGCAGAAACUCUGUCGAACGGGUCACACAGGUCAGACCUCUCUGUUGCCCUUGACGACUGCAUGGCAGCUCUGGACCUGUUCUUGCAGAAUGAGUUUGAGGAGGCCCUCUCGAGACUCCGAUGCAGAACCAAGGACAGCAUGUACCACGCCCUCACAUACGCCACUAUUCUCGAGAUGCGGGCGAUGAUGACCUUCGACCCAGAGGACAUAUUGGCGGCUGGAAACACCAUGAAAGAUGCCCAGGCAGUCUGCCAGCGAUUCCGCAAGAAGUCCUCCUUCAACAGCCUGAUAAACAGAACUUUCACUGAAGAGGAGCUCCACGCCGAGGUGUGCUAUGCAGAAUGUCUCCUGCAGAGGGCAGCGCUCACCUUCCUUCAGGAUGAAAAUAUGAUCAGUUUCAUCAAAGGAGGCAUUAAAGUGAGGAACAGCUACCAGACAUACAAAGAGCUACACACUGUCCUGCAGUCAGCUAGCUACGUCCAUGGCGACAAUCACUGUCACUUUGAAGGAGGUGUCAACCUUGGAGUGGGAGCCUUCAAUCUAAUGCUGUCUAUGCUUCCCACCCGAAUCCUCAGGCUGCUGGAGUUUGUGGGGUUUUCUGGCAACAAGGACUUUGGCCUGGAGCAGCUGCAGGAAGGCUGCUCCACCCAAACCUUCAGGGCUUUCCUCUGCAACAUGCUGCUGCUCUGCUACCACACCUUCAUGAGCUUCAUCCUGGGUACAGGGGAAGGGGAUGUGGUGGAUGCAGAGAAGCUACUGCAGCCCUAUCUCAAGCAGUAUCCGAAGGGAGCCAUCUUCUUGUUCUUUGCUGGGCGAAUUGAGGAGAUCAAAGGAAACCUGGAUGCUGCUAUUGGUCGUUUUGAGGAGUGCUGUGAAGCUCAGCAGCACUGGAAGCAGUUCCAUCACAUGUGCUACUGGGAGCUGAUGUGGUGCUUCACCUAUAAGAGGCACUGGAAGAUGGCUUACUUCUACGCCGACUUGCUCAGCAAGGAGAAUACCUGGUCCAAGGCUACGUACGCCUACAUGAAGGGAGCCUACCUCAGCAUGCUGAGCAGGGAGGAGCGCCAGCCUUUCGGAGAGAGCGAGGUGGCGCUUUUCAGGCAGGUGCCCGGGCUGAAGCAGAAAAUAGCCGGGAAGUCUCUGCCGACCGAGAAGUUCGCCAUUCGAAAAGCUCGCCGAUACUUCGCUGAGAGCCCUCUGCCCCUCCCUGUACCCCCUCUGGAGAUGAUGUACAUCUGGAAUGGGUACACGGUGAUCGGGAAGCACAGGGACCUGACUGAGGGGAUGCUGAAGACCCUGGACGAGGCCCAGAAAAGGCUGGAUCAAAACCCAAAGACAGAGUUCUCCAUAGAUGACCAGUGCCUGGUGAGCCUGCUGAAGGGCCUGUGUCUUAAGCACCUAGGACACAGGGAGGAGGCUGAGCACUACUUCACCCUUAUUGUCUGCAAUGAAACGCAGAUUAAGUAUGAUCACUACUUGGUGCCCAACGCGCUGCUGGAACACGGCCUGCUGUGCCUGGAGCAGGGGCGGAGCGAGGAGGCCGUCAGUCUGCUGGAGGCCGCCAAGCAUAAUUAUAAGAAUUACUCUAUGGAGUCCCGGACACAUUUCCGAAUACAGGCUGCUUUGCACAAGGCCCAGGCCACGGAGGAAAAUGGAGUCCACUGUGUGACAUCCAGCCCAUAGCUGGGGGUACUGGAACAGAACUGCCACUGUGCAGGACUCAGUCCUGGAGAGCAGGGAUGGACCACACAGGGGCACUGAGCCAAAACACACUUAUCUGAGCGACUGGCCUCACUUAGAGCGGUCAGGAAGCCAUGUGCUGACAAACACACACACACGAACGUGCACACGCACACGGACACACACACACACUCACGUACUCAC